UCGAAACGUAGUACAUCUCGACUAACUAAAGAAAGAAGGUCGCGAGAGGACGCGUACAGUGCACGACCAGCAACGUCGCUAGUCGAUAUAGGUAGUGGGACGUACGCGCUUUGCUACGUCGAGAGGCAGAGGCUGCUUGGACUUGGGAGCACAGAUUGGCGAUCUUGAUCACCGUGACACGGCGUCAAGACCAGGCCGCGCCGAGGCGCCGCCAUGCGUCGGUGCGCAGGGUACGUGCACGGGGCGACGAGCAGGUGGCAGGCAACGACGUCACCAUCGUCGCCUGGCUGUCGACGGACCGGCGACCUGCAGAGAUCAGGUCGAAGGAAAAUCAAGUUGCGCAGGUUUUACCGUUGUCGUAUCGAGUCUGAGAAGCACAUGGCAGCGUCGGUGCAAGACGGCGUCGUGGCCGCCCUCGAGGAGCGCGUCGCCGAGCUCUGCGCCGAAGCCCUCGCGCGCGACGAGCUCAUCUUGCACCUCCAGGCAGAGAAGCGUGAUUUGCGGCGCCUCGCCGAGCGGCUCCGGGCCGCCCGCCACGUGGCAGCAGAACCAGACGAUGCGCUGACGGACGCACGGUAUCUUUCCGUCCAACGCCACGCGAGUGAGCUUGAGGCCCAGUGCGCGCGUCAACAAGAUGAGAUCACAUUGCUGCGCCGCGCGGUGGCGGCCAAGGACGAGGCCAUUGACGACUACGUCCAGCAGAUUGACGCGCUUGAAGACCAAGUGGCCGAGCUGCGGCUGGUCAUCGACCGGCCGCCCGAGCCUCUUCCAGAAGAGCCACGUCACGAGUGGAUGGAAGAAACCACACGCUUCCCGACGCCACACUUUUCGCUGCAGUCGCCCGAGGUCGCGUACGUCCUCUCGCAGUGGACGCAGAACCCGACCAAGGCGUCGUCGCUGCUCGCGUGGCUUGUCGACGUGGCUGACGAGAACCGCGAGUUUCGGUUGCAGCCGAUCCCACCCGCGAUCGAGCUCCCGCGGCUCCCGCCCGAGGUCCGCGACGGCUUCCUCACGCUCAUCGUGCCGCUGCUCCGGAAGCAGCUCGUCCGCGCAAUCACGGUCCACACGCGCGGCCACGGGCUUUGCCAUACGGACCUCCGCAUCCGCGUCGAGCCUAAGAUCUAACCAUCCCAUUUUGCCGUUUUGUCAUUUUGC